AUGGCUGAAGACGUUCCCACCGAGGACUUCCCCCUCCCUCAGCCCCAGCUCCUCUCGGAAGAGCCCUGGCGACACCGACCGCCAUAUAAAAUCCAGUCGGACGAGGAAUUCGGCCCGACGAAAUGGAAGGGCCACUGUCAAUGCGGUCGGGUGUCGUUCAAGAUCAAGCGUGAACGGCCCUUGGCGACCAAGUUCUGCCACUGUCAAGGCUGUCAGUUGUUACACGGAGCCCCUUUUCAAUGGGCGGCCAUCUUCCAGAAAUCGGACAUCUCCUUCUGUCGCGGCUCAAAGGGUCUGUCAUUCUACUCCUCGUCGGAGAAGACCACCGAAUACACCAACCCGACCAAAGUGUCCUGUGCGUUUUGUCGCACGCCCAUCAUGGACGAAGGGCGCAAUGUCUGUCUUUUGUUCCCGCCAUCUGUGGACAGGGGCUUAUUUCCCCAAGAGAAAAAGCGAUGGAAGGAGACGUUUGAAGUAGAUUGCCACAUCUUCUACAGCAGCCGGGUCGUCGACAUUCCCGAUGGAAAACCCAAAUGGGCUGGAUUAGAUGGGAGCAGUGAGCGGUUAGAUGAGUCGUGA